AUCUCUCUCCGUCUUUCACUUUGGCCCAACUUUUCAUCUUUAUCUUCUUUCUCCGCCGUCUAAAAAUCUCUAAAGCUAAUUUCAUUUCUCCGCAACCCUCUUCUUCUGCUUCCAUGGAGUUCAAGUUUCGAGCUGGAGACAACAGGCCACCGGUAUGCUUCUCCCCGUCAUCUAGUAUCGGUUAUUUUUACGAACAAGCAUUGCGAGCUUCCUAUCCAAACGCUGAUCCGCGACAAAUUCCCGAGCCAAUGCGAAACGAGUUGUUCCUGCGCCGAAUCGAGAAGGAGCGUAUCAGAGAGGAAAUAAUUGCACAAGAAAUGGCGUGGCGACAAGAGCUGGAAGCGGAGGUGAGGAGGGAGUUGAUGGUGGAAAGAGAAAUGGCAAUGCGAGGAGGACGAGGGAUGUCUUUUGAAGAAAGAUUGACAAUGCAGUUUGAUUCGAGGAAGCCUCUGCUGCCGGGUCCUUUCGUGAACCAAUUUGAUUGUAGCUGGCCCGAAGAUCGUUUAGCAUUUCACGGUCAUGGGGUGUCUUAUAUGUUGCCGCCGGUGCCAAGGCUACCAGAGUCAGAGAUGAAACCUUCAACGGAAAAUAACAAGGAUAAAGUAAUCGUGCUGAAGAAACCGGAUCCAAAUCUUUGUGGAGCGAAGAGGAAGGCUGUAACACCAGCUGCAGAAAGUGUUGGUGAACUUCCUUUUGCUGGUAUAAAGAAGAAACCCAAGGAAGAAUGGAGUUGUGCCCUAUGUCAGGUUAGUGCUACAAGUGAGAGAGGUUUGAAUGAACACCUUCAAGGCAGAAGGCACAAGGCCAAGGAAGCAGGAUUGAGAGCCCAGAAGAUGGCGAGGAAUCCCAAUAAAGCAUCAUUGCCAAAGGAAACCACAAAGACAGCUAAGGUAACCAUCCCCACUGCAGGCUUAGAAAUGGAGGCAAAAAUCGAAGAUGAAUCACUUCAACUUAACAAGAGUGAUAACUUUUCAAACAAGAAAAUUGAGAAUAAGGAAGAGAGAGGGAAUAGAAACGAUGUGCAAUUAGAGCAGAAAAAUCAGCAACUGGAGGACUUGAACAAAAGUAUGGCAGAAGCAGUUCAGACAAAGGAGAGGACACCGGAGAUUAAGAUGAAAAAGAAAUUUAAGUUCUGGUGUGAAAUGUGCCAGAUUGGAGCCUACUCUGAAAUGGUGAUGGAGGCUCAUAAGAAAGGGAAGAAACACCUGGCUCGGCUUCAGAAAUCUAGUCAAAACGGUGAAGCUGUACAGGCUGAUAAGAAGGCAAAAGAUUCAGAAGUUGCGGUUAAAGAAACUGAAGAUUCAGAAUUUGUGGCUGAAAGAGCAACUGAUUCAGGACUCGCCGCAAGGGGAACAGACACAGAGAGAACAGAAACUACUGUUGCAAAUGCAGAUGAACAACGUCCACCUUCUACAAUAACAAUGGAGAAAGAAGGGGUGCAUCAGUCAGAAAUAAUAAGCAACCAAGAGAAGAUGAGCAAGUGAAACAACCAUCCUGGAAUCUUCAAAAAGUUAAAUGUAUCGUAGACAUAGGUUUGGGGCUGUAAAGGAGUGUUGUUCUGUAGCAUAUUCGAACCCCUGUUUUUUCAUUCGAGUCGUAAAAUUGUGAGACGAUGCCUGCAGAUCAUUCAAAUCUGGAAACUCGGCAGAUUAGAUAGUCUCCUUGACAAGGUCUUUGGAAUGAAAUGUUCUUCAUGCUGACGUGACCAUAGACUCUUAAAACUGGUGUGUUAUCCAUUGCUGAAAGCUGCAUCUAUUUAUUUUUGCCGUA